CUGUGAUGCCAGUAAUACUCGGAGGUCCACAGUAACGCCUAGACAUGAAGCCAAAACCAGAUUCCCCGGUCUCUAUGAUUGACCCUUCGCUCCUUCUGAGGCCAGAGAAGGUAUAUGAUGGCAAACCAGUGGACGCCUUCCGUAAUUAUGACAUCGAUGAAACGGACCCCAUCAAAGAACGUGUGCGCAGGACUUACUAUGAAAUGCAUACUAAGAUGACCGUGGAUUUUGUUAAAGGGCGCAUGGAGAACUGGCUGAAAUUCAACCACUUCAAGAGCACAAUCAAGGACGCUCUCAUCAAGCUGAAUGAGCUGGUGGACGAGUCUGACCCUGACACCGACCUGCCCAACAUCGUGCACGCCUUCCAGACUGCUGAGAGGAUCCGUAAGGACCAUCCCGAUCAGGAUUGGUUCCAUCUCAUUGGACUCAUCCAUGACCUUGGAAAGGUGAUGGCUUUCUACGGCGAGCCUCAAUGGUGCGUGGUGGGCGAUACCUUCCCCGUCGGCUGCAAGUGGGGCAAGUCCAUCGUGUACGGUGAUGACAGCUUCAAGGAAAACCCUGACACUUACAAUCCUAAGUAUAACACGGAAUGUGGCAUGUACGAGCCUAACUGCGGCUUGGAGAAUCUGAUGAUUUCCUGGGGACACGACGAGUACUUGUACCGGGUACUCGUACACAACAAGUCCAAAUUUCCUAAAGAAGGACUCUUCAUGAUCAGAUACCACUCUCUGUACCCGUGGCACGCUGGUGGCGACUACAAACACCUUAUGAAGGAAGGAGACGACGAGAUCAUGAAACACGUACUCAACUUCAACCAAUACGACUUAUACACAAAGAGUGCUGGUAUCCCUGACAUUGAAGCUCUAUGGCCUUACUACGAGAAGCUGAUCGAAAAGUACAUCCCAGGAGUUCUGGAGUGGUAGACCAGGACGAGAGCAGCCUGCACAGUACAAAUGUAUUUAAUAGAACAUCAUUAUCUUAUUAUUUAGUGGCUGUUUCACUAUUAGGAAAACUUUCAGAAGUAAGUUUGCAAUUUUUCAAUGGUUUUGUUCCAAAAGUUAAAGUUACGAGCUGUUAGAAUAUUACCGAAUAUAUUCUGAUGGUUUUUCUAGUGAUAGCUGAAACAGGCAUGAAUAUAUGAAUAAGUAACUACUCCUACUAAACCUACUAUUUUCCCAUUUUCACCGACAUUUCUUAAAACAACUAUUUUUAGAAAACUACCGUCGUACCACAAAAACUUUUAAAAGUCUGUUGAACACUCGUCUAAAAAAUUUCAGAUUUAUGAAUACGUUGAAAUAAGGUCCGUUUUGCUGCUACACUUUUUUUAGACAAGUGUUCAACAGAUGUUUAAGAUUUUGUAGUAAGGCUGUUAAUGUUUUACGUUGUCGGUGGACUUUGGCCUAUGUA